UUGAGUAACAUGGUUCAAGUGAGCGUGCUUGUGGUAAUGCAAAUUUUGUUGAUUUGCAACACUUUUGGUGGAUCAAACUGCACCGAAACUAAAUUUCUGGAGGGAAGAGCUUGUCAUACGCACUCCUUGGACAAUGGAAAGUGCAUGAAAAAACAACUAUGUGAUCCAGCUUUUAUUCACUCGUUGCCCAAUGAGGAUCAUCCUCCCGUGUGCCAACAGAAUGCUUUCUACGAAGUGUUGUGCUGUAAACCUUUUCUGGAUUUUUGUAAACAUCGAAUUAAAACUCAAAUCGCACACGGCACUGAAGCGGGACCGGGAAUGUUUCCUCACCUUGCCCGGUUGGGAGAAAAAAAUGAUGUCGGUGAGAUCGAAUGGAGGUGCAGUGCAAAUAUAAUAUCGGUGAAAUUUCUUCUAACAGCCGCUCAUUGUAAAUUAUGGACGGCCAUAGCGGGAGUUGAUUGUACUGGGGCAGUGGCAUGUGAACAACAAAUGACUGUAGAGAACUUCAUUUCACAUCCAAAGUAUUCAACAAGAACAAAACAUCACGACAUUGCUGUAGUGAAGCUGGAUAAAAAUAUAGAGUUUAACAGGAAUGUUCUUCCAAUCUGUCCAUAUGUCAAUAAGAACGACAUACCAGGCACGGAAGAUAUGACUAUCGCUGGAUGGGGUAGAAACGAAGAUUAUAUACUUACGAAACGUUUGAUGUAUGCGACUGUGCGGACAGUAUCGAUAAACAAAUGCAACGACGACUUUAAAGAGUUAGUGAAUUUAGGGAUUGUUAGUGCUACAAUAAUCGCUGAACAGUACUGCGCACAGGGGUCUUUGGUAAAACCUGCUAAUGAAUAUCGCGAUGCGUGCGAAGGAGAUUCUGGCGGACCAUUACAAGUGAAGCAGAGUAAUGCUGUAUAUUUGGUAGGAGUUAUAUCGGCUGGAAUCGGGUGUGCUGGAACUAGGCCUGGAGUAUACGCACGUGUUGCUGCUUAUUUCGACUGGAUUAAUUCCACAAUUACAGCAUCUCCUUAGUUGUUUUAUGAGAAUAGUUCGAUGAUAAACUAUGAUAGUUAGCUGUUCUUUGUUAUCAUUGUCAUGAAUGUAGAAGUACGUCUACGAAUUAAAUAGUAAAUUACAAGGUGCUGAAAUUUAUGGAUGUUGACGGAAACCUACGUGUUUCCUAAUAAUGUACAGAUCAAUAAAUUAAUGA